AGACAACAUCAGGCAAGUCAUUGAUAAAGCAGAGAAAUAGAAUUGGACCUAGUACACUUCCUUGGGGUACUCCACUUACUACAUUAGCCCAUGAAGAAACAGAUGAACCAACCCAUGUUGUCGCGGAGGAUCAUGUUCCUGCCCAACCUGGGUGCAGCCAUCAGACAUGUGCGGGCAUUCUCCUGGCAGAGGAGCGGGGAGAACACAGAAAUACUCUACAAAGUGGUCGGUGAUACAGACACUGGCAAUUAUACUGUCUGGCCAGACAAGAAGCUGGGACCAUUCGGUCCACAAGACAGCCGGUUCCCGUUCCCAGGCAAUGUUGGUCACACAUUGGAGUCGCCAAGCGUGGCCCGGAACGAUUUCCUGAAGGGGCCCAGGGCAGCUGUUAACACAGAGGCCAUAUUUGAAUUGUUACCUGAUGAGCAUCGAGGAAAGAUUCUCACACAAGCUUGUGACGCUAUUGAAGCUAUGGAUGAGGCGUCAUCGCCCAGUCCUGAUGAUCUCCUCGAGUGUGUAGCCUAUGACUGCCCGCACUUCAUACGGAAAGACUUUGCAGACCUAUUUCCUGAGAAGAACAUCAUGUCCGGCCCUUUUACUGUGAUCACCAUCAGUCAGAAAACCAAACAAGAUAUGACAGGCUGGUCUGAGGAGGUGGAGAAUGAGAGAGAACAACUUCUUAAAGCAUUUGUUGAAGGAGCAUCAGACAUAUGCGAGGCGCUACAAUGUGCAGGAUUCUGGGCUGACUUUAUUGAACCCUCGUGUGGAAAGCCUUUCCUUGGAGAGCACACAAAUGCGUCCCUAUACGAGACAGACGAGCGCUACCGCAAACUUGGCUUUGAGAUUGAAGACCUUGGCUGCUGCAAAGUGAUCCGCCAUCACGUCUGGGGCACCCACGCCUAUGUCGGCUGUCUGUUCACCAACGCCCCGGCAUCGCACCCUAUUCUGGCUUUGAUGAAGCGGAACUCCUGAAGUUGUUUUUUUAAUUCGUGAGGACACCUUAGACGCUCUCAUUAAGCCCCGUUUUAGCAGUGUGUGACUCAUGUGUAUCAUUCUCUUUAGAGGACUAUAAUUCCAUAAGCGCCAGUAGUAAGGCUCGAUUGGUCUUUGCUGGCUCGGGUACUACUUAAAUGUACCCUGGGUACUCUUAAGUAUACUUAAAUGUACCCUGGGUACGGAAAAUAUACUAAAACUUACCCGGCGAAUUUAUACUGUACCCGAGUUUUAUUCCCGCCAAAAAAACGAAGUCUUAAAACGUGCUACGCAAGAAUUUAAACUGUACCCGAGUUUUAUUCCCGCCAAAAAAAAGAAGUCUUAAAACAUGCUACAGAAUACAAUAAAAAAUCUCUAAACAAUACCUGCCUAAACAUGCUUUUAGAGUUGGAGUUUUUAUAAUAUAGAGGCCAUUUUACAGAAUAUGGACAUAAAUAUGGAACUAAUUAAUUUGAAAAAAAUAGCCGACAACAACCAAUUUAGCAUUAGAAUUUGUGGGUACGUUUCAGUAUAUUUUUCGUACCCAGGGUACAUUUAAGUAUACUUAACGGGGUACAUUUAAGUAGUACUCGAGCCGACAAUCACCAAUUCAGCAGUAGUAACUGUCAAUAAUUGUUUUAAACAACAAUAUGCUUGAACAUGUGUGUUGAUGAUGCAUCUGUCAUUUCAAGAAUUUUUAUCAAGAAUGACAGACUGGGUAAUUGUAUAUGAGCGCAAGGGAAUAGGCUACAAUAAUGUGGUCACUCAUUUGGUGAAGUUGAAGUUAUCUGUAAUGAUAUAAACAUCAUUAAAAAACAUUGUAUUUAGAUUUUAUUUUAUCAUUUGAGGUUACACAUUAUCUUUAUUUGCCAAUUGUGAGAUUCUUCAGUUGAAUAAAGUAUUGAAAACAGA